AUGAAUAUGGAUGGCUUCGUUCGUUUUCUCGACGACUGUGCUCAGACGAAUUAUGGUGCGAUCACGAAGAUUCAGUUGCAGGCCGAUCUAACGGGUCAGUCCGUGAAGGUCCUGCGAGGGGAUCCUUUCUCGGGAUUUAUCCCUACUAAUGAUGUGAAGGUGGUUAGCAAGAUCUUGUGUCCAUUGGAGCGUACACCUGUGGUGGCCUGUACUGGCCUGAAUUAUAAAACGCAUGCACGAGAAGCAGGCCUUGAGCUUGGCCCUUUCCCCAAGAUCUUCUUCAAACCAGCUGAUACAUUGAAUGGGCCAUACGACGACGUUCUAGUCCGCUCCGAGGUGCAAGAAAUGAUGGAUUACGAAGGCGAGUUCGUCGUUGUCAUGGCUCGGGAUGCAAAGGAUGUCCCUGCAAAUCAGGCCCUGAAUUAUGUCUUGGGCUUUACUAUAGGCAACGAUGUUAGUGCUCGCAACUUCUCACUCCCCGAUACAAGCGGAAAGUGCUUCGACGGAUUUGCACCGAUCGGACCGGCGAUCAUCACGACUGCUGCAAUCCCUGAUCCACAGAAACUGAGCUUCACGACGAAAGUAAAUGGAAUUGUCCGCCAGACCACGAGCACGGAGGAUAUGAACUGGACUGUCGCAGAAAUUAUUGAGCACUUGAGCAGAGGUACGACUCUCAGGCAGGGAACUGUGAUCAUGACGGGUACGCCGACCGGAAUAGGAAUGUUCAUAAAACCCAAAGGGUUCAUCCAAGACGGGGAUUUCGUGUCUGUGGAGCUUGAUGGGUUCGGGGGGUUAGCAAAUAAGUUCGUAUGGCAGUAG